AUGGAUUCCAACAAAAAGCGGAAACAACGAGAGAAAGAGUUUUCAGAACAACGACAAAAUUAUUACAAGAAUCUUAGAAAGGAGCAAAAGAAGAAAAAAAAGAAGAGAAUGAAAAAUGAAAUGAAAAACAAGCUAAGAGCAGAGGUUGAGGUCGUUGAGCUGAAAUCAAGAACUACACGUGGUGCAGCAAAUGUGCUUCCUCCUACCACGAAAGAAGGGCCAAAGAGGAAAAGAAGGCUAGAGGAUUCCGAGAAGCAUUUGCCCCGGGGUAAAAGGAUUGUCUCGGCAUCUCUUCAACAAGAGAGAGAAAAGAAACAGAAAAAAAGAAAAAGACAAGUUUUCGUUCCGGCGGUCGGUCCAAAAGCAUCCAUCGACAGUCCGAAUUUAAAGGAGCUGGCGAGAGAAAAUGUGACCCGUAAAAGUGGUGCUCGGUCUAUCGGCAGUGGCACUUUUGGGAACUGCUACCUGGGAAAGUACCGCGGCAUUUCUGUUGUAAUUAGAGAAUACAAAGAUUUAAGCAAUUCUCGUAACAGCAGCCAUCAUGAUAGUUUGUCCCGUUUACAAAUGGAGGCAAAACACGAAGCACGUGUUCUGCGCAAACUUGGGGAUCAUCCAGGAAUCCGACUUCUGUUUGGGUUUCCCUGAAAGAAGUACCUGUCAGCAUCGUGUUAAAGUUUCAUGGGGACGGUGAAGAGAGUCUUACAGUUUUCAAAGCCGCAAAAAAUGAAAAAGUUUCCGAACAGAGAGAAUGGAAUCGGAUACUCUAUGAUACAGCGAACGCUUUGGAGCUCAUUCAUGGCUGUGGAUUUGCACACAACGAUUUGAAAGCCAAUAAUGUUGUUUUAGAGAAGCGUCAAGACAAAUGUCUCCACCCGGUAAUCAUUGACUUUGGCAAGAGUGUAGCGUUCAGCAAAGCCAAGAAUCCUGUCCCCAAACCAUCGUAUUUGAAAGAUCAAUACAAGACCAGUUUCAUUGCUCCUGAACUUAUUGAUGGCACGGGGAAACCUUCAAUAAACAGUGACGUGUACUCACUAGCUUUCAUGAUCAAAUCCGUUUAUGGAAUUUUAAAGUUCAAAGCAUUGAGAUUGUAA